GACGCCGCUUCUUUCUCCUCCUCCUCCUCCUCCUCCGCCUGCCUUUCCCUCUCCUUCUCCUUCCUUCCUUCCUUCCUCCGGGGGAAACUUUCCUCUGGUCCUCCCUGGGAAGAGGAGAGGAGAGGAUGCGGCGGAGGAGCCCCCUUCGCUGCAGUCCAUGAGGAAGAGCAGCAGCAGCAGCAGCAGCAGGAGCAGGAGCAGGAGCCCUGGCUAGGGACCCCUCCCCCGGGAAGGGGAGAUGGGCUACUACAGCGACCCCACCUCCAGCCGGGACCUGCUGGGCAACCGGACUCUGCUCUUCAUCUUCGUCUGCGCCUUCGCCGUGGUCACCUUGGUCCAGCAGAUCCUCUACGGCAGGAACUACUACCUGAGGAGUAGGCUGCAGUUUAGCUGGCAGAAUGGAGAGGAAAUGGCCAAUUGGACCAGCAGCCUCAAUUUCACGGAUGGCGGAGCUCUGAGGAGUGGCGGUGACACAGGCACCAGGUAUUUUGAAUUUUAUGAAGGUCCUUUAGAGUUCAACUCUUCAAAAUGCCUGGAACUGAGAAGGGGUAUCACUGAUGUGAAGGUGCUCUCAAUGGUGAAGCAGACAGAAUUGUUUGAGAGAUGGAAGAAUCUUCAGAUGUGCAAAUGGGAGAUAAAUGUCACCGAAGCCAACAUCUUCAAAUCAACUUUGUUCAGGUGUUGCAAUGCCCCAGCCUUUCUCUUCACCACUCAGAAGAACACUCCCUUGGGAACAAAACUGAAAUAUGAAGUGGAUACGAGUGGGAUAUUCCAUAUCAACCAAGAAGUGUUCAGAAUGUUUCCAAAGGAGAUGCCGUACUCUCGUUCCCAGUUUAAAAAAUGUGCUGUGGUUGGAAAUGGAGGGAUUCUGAAGAACAGCAGAUGUGGACGGGAGAUUGACAGUGCGGAUUUUGUGUUCCGAUGCAAUUUACCUCCCAUAUCUGAGAAAUACAUUGUUGACGUUGGCGUAAAGACUGACAUCGUGACAGUUAAUCCCAGCAUAAUUACUGAAAGGUUCCACAAGCUGGAGAAAUGGAGGAAGCCUUUUUUUAACGUCUUGCAAAAUUAUGAAAACGCUUCAGUGCUGCUUCCCGCUUUCUACAAUACCCGCAACACAGAUGUCUCUAUCCGGGUUAGGUAUGCCCUGGAUGACUUUGAAUCCCAGCAGCCUGUCUACUUUUUCCAUCCGCAAUAUCUCAUCAACCUUUCACGCUAUUGGCUGAAUCAAGGUGUGCGGGCCAAACGCAUCAGCACCGGCCUGAUCCUCGUGACGGCGGCUUUGGAAUUGUGUGAAGAAGUGCACCUUUUUGGAUUCUGGGCCUUCCCCAUGAACCCCUCAGGGAUAUAUAUAACCCAUCACUACUAUGACAAUGUCAAACCUCGACCAGGAUUCCAUGCCAUGCCUUCAGAAAUCUUCAACUUUCUCCAUAUGCACAGCAAAGGGAUUUUGAGGGUACACACAGAUGUCUGCAAUUGCUGUUGAUGAGAUGAUGGUUGAUUGUUCUUGUGCUAUAUAAAGAAGAAGGAAGAAGGGAGAGAACAUAACAGGACCUCUGGGGCUUUGGAACCAAUCCAUGUGGUUGUUUUUGAAGCAGAAGGAUCUCUACAGGGUGUUUUUGGGUCCUUCCAAUAUUCAUGUCUUCUGAAUGUGCUUCUGUGGUAAAAUGGAAAAGUUACCAUGUUCCAGAGGGGGAAAAUAGUCAUGACUGUGUGAAUUAGCCCAGGGUAUUCAAUGCAGCAGAGUUAUAAUAUAUUGUGACUUAUGCAAUAGUGGUUGAAAAACGUACAUUUUUUCAAA